ACUGUGAUGGUCUAGUUGGGGCGGGGUUGGUAUAAAUACUAGAGCACUGAACCAAGCCAACUAUACCGUUUAGCAUCACAAAACGAGUAGCAUGAAGAGAUUUACAGUUAUAUCUGCCCUUGUAUCCAUAGCAGCAGCAGUUGAUACAGUCACUCUCUUUAAUUCUGGACUUCCCCUUGCUGCUUCCACUCCUUUAACCUAUGCUGCUGCUCCUGCCUAUGCCUAUGCUGCUGCUCCUGCCUAUGCCUAUGCUGCUGCUCCUGCAUACACCUAUGCCGCUGCUCCAGUAGCUGCUCCAGUCUAUGCCCCUAACUCUCAGUUCCAUGCACAGGAUGAGUUCGGAAACUUGAACUACGGAUACAGCAACAUCAACUCUGCCAAGCAGGAGAUUGGAAACACCUACGGAGGAGUAUCUGGAUCCUACUCUUAUGUUGACCCUAAUGGGGAGCUCCAGCAAGUUAACUAUGUUGCUGAUGCUCUUGGUUUUCGUGUUGCUGACUCCAGACUUCCUGUAGCUCCAGUAGAUACCGGAGUAGCUCCUGAGUUCAAUCCCGAACCUCUGGUUGCUCCCGUAGACAACGGAGUAGCUCCUGCUCCCGUUGAGGAUACUCCUGAAGUUGCCGAGGCUAGAGCUGCUCACCUGGCUGCUGUGGAAGCUGCCAAGGCUGGAGAGAGGAAGAGGCGUGCUGCUGACCCAGCUAUCCUCGCUGGAUCAUCAGCAAUCAUCUCUGCUCCUACGCCAUUCAUCCAUAAUGCUCCAGUCAUUCCUGCAACUUAUGGAUACAACCUCGGAUACGGAUACAACCUCGGAUAUGGAUACAACCUUGGAUAUGGAUAUGGUCUGCCUUAUGCUGCCAGAAUUGUUGUUUAAAUCCUUCAUGAUUUUGUGAUGAACAUAGUCGGUAAAAUUUCUUGCAAUAAAAUAUGAAAUUCA